GGCAGGCACUGACGUGGCCGCCGUCAGAGCCGCCAUCUUGUGGGAGCGAAACCAACGCCUGGCUCGGAGCAGCAGCAGCGCGGCGGCCGCCGAGGGUUUCUCUGGCCAGUGUUGCUCCCACCUGUCUGCAGCAUGGGGAAUAUCUUUGCGAACCUCUUCAAGGGCCUUUUUGGCAAAAAAGAAAUGCGCAUUCUCAUGGUGGGCCUGGAUGCUGCGGGGAAGACCACCAUCCUGUAUAAACUGAAGCUGGGGGAGAUUGUGACCACCAUCCCCACCAUAGGCUUCAACGUGGAGACCGUGGAGUACAAGAACAUCAGCUUCACUGUGUGGGACGUGGGCGGCCAGGACAAGAUCCGGCCUCUGUGGCGCCACUACUUCCAGAACACACAAGGCCUCAUCUUUGUGGUGGAUAGCAAUGACCGAGAACGCGUGAAUGAGGCCCGAGAGGAGCUCAUGAGGAUGCUGGCGGAGGACGAGCUCAGGGACGCCGUCCUGCUCGUGUUCGCUAACAAGCAGGACCUCCCCAACGCCAUGAAUGCGGCCGAGAUCACAGACAAGCUGGGCCUGCAUUCUCUGCGCCACAGGAACUGGUACAUUCAGGCCACCUGUGCCACCAGUGGGGACGGGCUCUAUGAGGGACUGGACUGGCUGUCCAAUCAGCUGCGGAACCAGAAGUGAGCCCACUCCUUUCUCCUCCCUCUCACUCCCUCCUCCUGCCCUCGCUUUACUCUCAUGUGGUGUGAGUGCCCGAAGCUGUCUCCAUGGUCGGUCACAGUGUGCUUCACCAUGCUGUACAUGUGCAGACGCAGCCUGCAACCGGGGUUUUAUUUAAUGUAAAUAGUUUUGUUUCCAGUGAGGCAGUUUCUGGUACUCCUAUGCAAUAUUACUCAGCUUUUUUUAUUGUAAAAAGAGAAUCAACCCACUGUUUAGUACUGAGAAGGGAUUUUAGGCACACGGGGCCUCCAGGAGUCGCUGUGUCAGACGAGCCCGAUGCUCCUCCUCUGGGCUUUAGAUCUGUGUUGAGAUCCAUUUUGGUGGUUGGUUUUUAACCCGAACUCAGUGCAUUUUUUAAAAUAGUUACAAAUACAAGACGAGGAGAACACGAGCACACAGAGGAGAGACGUGCCUGGUGGAGGUUCUGCAGGAACAGCCGGGUCCAGUCCACCCCUGGUCUGUCCCCGUGGGAACAUGAGCCGGCAGAACCAGCCACGAUGCACAUGCAUGGACACAGUAGGGCCCCUGCAAUUCGCUGUCUCGGGUCAUCCCGCAUCCCUAGCGUUUGUGCUUGUGCUUACAUGGCUGCCCAGGGGACGGGCUGGGCGCUGCGGCCGCCGCACAUGGACCCGUUGGAGGGACCUGGCCUUCCCUUGGGUCAGUGUGGGCGCUCCGGUUGGAGCACUCUGGCCGGAGCAGGAGCCCUGUGGUCACCGUGCACGCUCCGGGCCGUCUGGGGUCUCUCCAGCAGGAGCGCGGGCGAGCCGGUCAUCCUCGAGCCCAGCCCCUCAGAGCCCCCAUCUACACGUGCUUUCACCCAUCAGCCUGCAAGGGUCAGAUCUGCCACCGAAACGACGACCUCUACUUUUUUCUUUUGUAUUUUGAUAAAACACUGAAGAAGCUGGAGCUGUUAAACUUUAUCUUGGGGAAAACCUCAGAACUGGUUGAUUUGGUGUCGUGGAACCUCUUACUGCUUUCAAUACACGAUUAGUAAUCAACUGUUUUGUAUACUUGUUUUCAGUUUUCAUUUCGACAAACAAGCACUGUAAUUAUAGCAAUUAGAAUAAAAUCUCUUAACUAUUA